AAACAAUCACACUCAUUCUCUUCUAUUGCUUCUUCUUCUUCUUCUUCUUCUUCACACGCCUUGUGAGCAGCGAAGGUGUUGAAUCCAACCUCCUCUGCGAACAUGGCGUCAACCAAUCGCACAGUGUUGCAAUUCUCUUCAUCUUCUUCCUCUUCGCAGAGCUUAUCCGCUAAGGUUCACCCUCUCGUCGUAUUCAACAUCUGCGACUGUUACGUUCGUCGCCCUGAUCAAGCUGAACGCGUCAUUGGAACGCUUCUUGGAUCUGUGCUUCCCGAUGGAACUGUUGAUAUCCGUAAUUCAUAUGCUGUUCCUCACAAUGAAUCCGUUGAUCAGGUUGCGUUGGACAUAGAGUACCACCAUAAUAUGUUGUUAUCCCACCAAAAAGUGAAUCAAAAGGAAAUCAUAGUUGGAUGGUAUUCAACUGGACUUGGAGUAACUGGUGGAAGUGCAUUGAUCCAUGAGUUUUAUUCUCGAGAAGUGCCCAAUCCCAUUCAUUUGACUGUUGAUACAGGAUUCACAGCUGGAGGGGGUACCAUCAAAGCUUAUGUGUCAAACAAUUUAUCUCUUGGAGACAGGCAGAUUGCUGCACAGUUUCAAGAAAUUCCACUGGAUCUUCGUAUGGUUGAAGCUGAGCGAAUUGGAUUUGAUAUCCUAAAGGCAACCACUGUUGACAAAAUCCCCUCUGACUUAGAAGGCAUGGAAGCAUCAAUGGAGCAUCUGCUAGCUCUGAUUAAUGACAUCUACAAAUAUGUUGAUGAUGUUGUGGAAGGGCGUGUUGCACCAGACAACAAAAUUGGGAAAUUUAUAUCAGAUGCAGUAGGUUCCCUUCCCAAAUUGCCCCCAUCUGAUUUUGAUAAGCUUGUGAAUGACAGCUUACAGGAUCACUUGCUCAUGGUAUACUUAUCUAGCAUCACAAGAACUCAACUUAGCUUGGCUGAAAAAUUGAACACGGCUGCUCAGAUUUUGUAAUUCUGACUGUCUUUGAGCGAAGGCAAAUUUUCAAAGAGGUUUCCUUGUCAUAUUUUCCAGAAACUUGUAGUAUCAGCAUUUUAUUCUCAAGUCAACCUUUGCUUAUUUUGUUGUAUUUUGCGCAUGGCAACACAUACGUGGUUUUCUUCUAUAAGGUUGUAGUGUAGCAUUCACUUGUGUAAUUUGUUAUAUUUGAAAAAAAAUGAGCGAAAUCCUUUUUUCUACUUUUAGA